AACACAAAUCCUGAAGCAACCAAAGCGAAGCUGGCAAAAGCCUGAACACACACGAACCGCACACAACUCAUCAGAUAUGGAGGGCAAAGAAACAGGGAGAGAGAAGCACUUUGUGCUGGUCCACGGGGCUUGCCAUGGAGCUUGGUGCUGGUACAAAGUGGCCACCCUCCUCAAGUCCUCAGGCCACAGGGUCACUGCCCUGGAUAUGGCCGCUUCAGGGGUCCAUCCGAAGCAGCCUGGAGAGCUGAACUCGAUCGUGGAAUAUGCCGAGCCCCUGUUCGAAUUCUUCGAGGGUCUCCCGCGAGGAGAGAAGGUGAUCCUGGUGGGUCAUAGCAUGGGUGGGAUUGUGAUUUCAAUGGCCAUGGAGAGAUUUCCUGAGAAGAUUGCAGUUGCUGUGUUUGUAGCUGCAAUCAUGUAUGGUCCUGAGCUCAGCGCUACCUCUGCUGUUGAGGAGUAUACACGCAGGGUGGAUUCAUACAUGGACCCAGAAUAUGCUUAUGAUGAUGGCCCUGAAAAGCCUCCAACCACUUUGCUGUUUGGAUACAAUUUCAUGGCCUCUAAGCUGUAUCAACUUUCUCCACCCGAGGAUUUGACAUUGGCCUCCUACUUGGCGAGACCUAUCCGUAUGUUUCUGGACGAAUCCAGAUUGAAGGAGGAAGGAACGGUCACAGUAGCGAAGUACGGUUCGGUCCGUCGAGUUUACAUUGUGUGCGACGAAGACCUGGUGAUAAAAGAAGACCUGCAGAGAUGGAUGAUCGAACGCAAUCCAACGGACGAAGUGUGUGUGAUCUCUAAUUCAGAUCACAUGGUCAUGUUCUCUAAACCACUGGAGUUUUGUUCUACUCUUAAACAUAUUGCAGAAAAUUAUUUCUGAGGAUUGUAAGUGUACUUUUGUCAAUACGACUAGAACUCAGUUAAGAGGCAUGUGCUUCUAUAGA